AAGACCACGAAGGCUUCCGAGAAGUCCUACUGCUGAAGACCACGAAGGCAGAGAUGGCUAUGGCGAUCGGUGAAGGUUAUCCAGUUCUGAAACUGUGACUGAUUGUUGAUGCACAGACUCGGAGCCCAUUCUCGAAUCAAAGCAUGGACCGCCGCUACCAGUCUUUGAAGCUGCGCGACGCCAUCUCGCGCAGAAACGAUUAUGUAGAAGCAUGUAAAGAACUGCAAGGCAUUUUGAAAGCUGUCUAUAAAUCUGCCCCAAAACCACUUCAGUCCAUUCUUUACGAAGAUGUCGUACAUGCAUUUCGCAGUUUGCCAGAAAUGGAGAAUAAGCAACAGCUAGAAGCUGCAAGGUUGUUACUCCAAACAGUAGAAGACGUUUUUCCUAAGCAGAGGCGUGCUUCAGCUGCCCUUCAACACAAGAUUGCUAUGAUAACAUGGCACCGACAGUUUAAAUACCCUGAACCUUUGCCUGAAUGCUCACAACUGUCAGGGGACACACUACUACAUGUAUUCGAAUAUCUGGAUCCCCAGUCGUUGGCCAUAGCUUCUGCUGUUUGCAGGACGUGGAAUGUUGCAGCAACGGAUAACGCACUUUGGUGCAAUCAAUUCAAAUCCCUAUUCGCUGCAAAGGGUUCACUUGAACCACAAGAGGUUCCAGUUGGAUUCUGGUAUGAAACUUUCAAAGCUUUUAUAGACAUCAAAGAGCAUAGAGAAAAACUUUUCUUCUCAAACAGAGCUUUCUGUUCAGUCUGCCAAAAAGUACUGUGGUUGGUAGAGCCUCAUUGGAAACCUGUCAAGGGCAUGUGUGUUGCAAACAAAAAAAUUCAUUUACCUCAUUCUAUGUCCCUCAGUCAGGUUGUGAGGUACGUGGAGCGUUCCGUCACGCCAAAAGCUUCUGAUUAUUCUAGCAGCAGUGAUUCGGAUGAUGACUCCACCCAAAAUUCUUUCAGGUUAUGGCAGGUUAGGAAGGUCACCCUGGACGCAGAUCGAAUUCACAUUAAGUCUCAACCUCCAGGAAGCGCGAGAUGUCGGUAUGCACAAGAGGAUGCAUGAGAGACCAUCCGAUGCUGAGCUCGCCAGGUGAGCAGCACGAUCUGCCGUGUAUAUACCUCGAGGAUAUACGGUGUCGGUGAGUCAAUACCGACACAACACAUCACGAGAUCUAUUUCUGUUGUUUCAUUCAAAUCCGUUGCCUCUUGACUGUAAAGCUCAGUAACGACCUUCGUUGCUACAUUGUCGCCUCCUGAAGCCGUUAGACCUGGAUUAUGUUAUCCCUGUGAUUCUACCCCAGUGGAUAUAGCAGAGAAUAUACUUGUGAUUCUAUUCAUCUGGAUCUUGGACAGUCCAAUUGCUUCCAGUGGAUUUGUAGAUAGGGUUUAAGGUUGAUCUUUAUAGCUGUGUGGUAACACAAAAUUGUCAAAUGGGCAUUUUUGGAUUUUGGAACAACUACAAGUCGACAUUUCUUUGGGUGGA